AUGACUUCUGUUGACCAGUUACUUCCACAUGUUCCAUAUCAAAUAUACUUUGAUAACCUCUUUACAAGCGUUGAACUACUACAUGACCUAAAAGAGAGGGGUGUGGAAACAACAGGAACAAUAAGAGGAAACAGAGUUAAGAAUUGUACUCUAUCAUCUGUAGAUAAAAUGAUAAAAGAAAAUAGAAGAUCAUACGAAGUUUGUUCUGACUCAGCAUCUGGGAUUUCCAUUGUACGGAACAAAGGAAAAGGAUUAGCGUGCCUCAACCUAACUUAUUACACUCCUACAAUACUCAUAUACAUUUCAGAGCAAAAUGCCUGGGAUCUUUACAAGCACAACAAAGAACCCAUAGACCACCUGACAUUUCGUCGUGGAAUUGUCACUGCAAUUCUUGAAAGUCACAAAAUAGUAACUAUCAGCAGAAGACGUCCUAGUAAGAGGGCAAAACUACAUUCUAGAUUUGAUGGAGGAGAACAUUAUGUUACUGAAUUACCAACAGAUGAUGUAACAAAAAAGAAGAAGCAGCUGAAAUCUCGAAGUUGCCACAAAAAAACCACUACUAUGUGCCUGUUUUAA